UCAAAUUCUGCGACUCAUCAAGUGGUGAAAUGUCUCCACUCACGGAGUAUGGGCGACACUUUGGUCAAUGGAUAGGCAUUAUAUUCAUUGUGGUGGUUUUCGUACCCUGGGCCACGGCGCUUAUCGAGGGACUUUAUUGUGGCACCGAGAUUUGUUACGAUGUACUCGGAGUGUCGAGAGAAGCGGCCAAAUCGGACAUAGGUCGUGCUUACAGACAGCUAGCCAGAAAGUAUCACCCGGAUAGAUUCUCAAGUCUUGCAGGCGAGACUCGUGAAAGUGCUCAUCAAAAAUUUCUUCUCGUUGCGACUGCAUAUGAAACUCUGAAGGAUGAGGACUCCCGUAGAGAUUACGACUACAUGCUGGACCACCCGGAACAGUACUACAGCCACUACUACACCUACUACAGCAGACGGCUGGCACCUAAAGUCGACGUGCGGAUUGUCAUUCUGGUGACCGUGGUUGCUAUAUCCAUUUUCCAGUACUACAGUUGGUGGGCCAGCUACACUGAAGCCAUCAACUACCUAUCAACAGUCCCCAAGUACCGUAUCCAGGCGACAGAGAUAGCCAAGCAGCUGGGUCUCCUGAACAAGACAAAAGAGAAGGGUAAAAACCGACGGUCCAAAGAGGAGAUCAGGGAACAGGAAGAAGAGAUCAUCCGUGACAUCAUCAAGAACAAGAUCGACAUCAAGGGAGGCUACCAGAAGCCUAAAAUCUUGGACAUCCUGCUCUGUAAGAUUGUCCUGUUCCCCUACUGCCUGUGUGUCUACGUGGUCUGGUACUGUAAGUGGAUCUACAGGUUCACCAUCUGCAGAGAGGAGUACGGAGACGAGGAGAAGCUGUACAUCAUCAGGAAGAAUAUGAAGAUGUCUCAGUCUCAGUUUGACGGUCUGGAGGAGGAGCAGAGAGAGACCUUCCUGGAGAGGCAGCUCUGGAUCAAAGACAACUAUGAGGUGUACAAGGAGGAGCAGGAGGAAGAGAUGAAGAUGAAGAUGGCCCUGGACCCCAGGUGGAAGAGGUACCGACGGUGGAUGAAGAAUGAAGGACCUGGACGACUCACUUUUAUUGAUGAUUGACAACAUGCAUAUUAUAUACUACACCUGACUUGUGCCAAUAUAUACAGAUAUACUAUAUACAGAUACACACUGUGUUGUACAGAAACACUGUGUUGUACAGAAACACUGUGUUGUACAGAAACACUGUGUUGUACAGAUAUACUGUGUUGUACAGAUAUACUGUGAUAUACAGAAACACUGUGUUGUACAGAUAUACUGUGAUAUACAGAUAUACUGUGUUGUACAGAAACACUGUGUUGUACAGAAACACUGUGUUGUACAGAUAUACUGUGUUGUACAGAUAUACUGUGUUGUACAGAUAUACUGUGUUGUACAGAAACACUGUGUUGUACAGAUAUACUGUGUUGUACAGAUAUACUGUGUUGUACAGAUAUACUGUGUUGUACAGAAACACUGUGUUGUACAGAUAUACUGUGUUGUACAGAUAUACUGUGUUGUACAGAUAUACUGUGUUGUACAGAUAUACUGUGUUGUACAGAUAUACUGUGUUGUACAGAUAUACUGUGAUGUACAGAUAUACUGUGAUAUACAGAAACACUGUGUUGUACAGAUAUACUGUGAUAUACAGAUAUACUGUGAUAUACAGAAACACUGUGUUGUACAGAUAUACUGUGAUAUACUGUGUUGUACAGAUAUACUGUGUUGUACAGAUAUACUGUGUUGUACAGAUAUACUGUGUUGUACAGAUAUACUGUGAUAUACAGAUAUACUGUGAUAUACAGAAACACUGUGUUGUACAGAUAUACUGUGUUGUACAGAAACACUGUGUUGUACAGAUAUACUGUGUUGUACAGAUAUACUGUGUUGUACAGAUAUACUGUGAUAUACAGAAACACUGUGUUGUACAGAAACACUGUGUUGUACAGAAACACUGUGUUGUACAGAAACACUGUGUUUGCAUAUCUGAGUGUUUGUGAAUACAUCUACUGAUGAUAAUGCCUGUUUGUAUGGAUAAUUAUUUUUAUAGAUAUUGUUUGGGGAUGUUUAAAGCCAGUGAAAGGUACUAAUGUAUAACUAUAAUAAGAUGUAUUGAAGCCUUAUACAGCAUAUCGAGAGCUGGGGACUAGAAGGGUCUAUCUGCAAAAAUAUGAUUCUGAGAUAAUUGGCUUUAAAGUUCUGAACCCUCA